GACGGUUCAUCGUAACGUAAACACAGCCAAGAAGACCACGAAAUAGCCCGUCGUGUAAAAUCUCUUACCAUAUACAAUAGUUUUAUGUUCUUGGCGAAAUAUCUAUAUCAAUUCACAAAGACGCAAAACGUAGCUAUUAAUGCAAAUGUACGUUUGUCCUGUCAGUUUUGUGUUAUUGAUUUGACAAUUACUUGUAGGCAUCACAGUAGGUAACCUCGAGACUAGUCGGACCCCAGUCAGCUGACAGUAGAAAUCAAGCUAGGAGCACAGUCCACUUCAUCUGUCACAAAUCAAUGAUCUGUCUCUCUUCUCUAUUUUAUCCAUUGACGCUCGAUAGAUGCGUAUUCUCAGGAUACACAUCAAUAUUGGUGUACUUGCAUCUAUAACAUCUCGUACUGUGAGUGGCUGGCCUACCUGAACUAUACAGUUAGCACAGUAGCUUGACCAUUUCAAUAACAUUCACAAACAAUGUCAGGACCAAAUGGAGAUCCCGACCUCUCUAUUGACGACGGCAUUAUUGACGACGAGGACGAGUUCAGCGUAGAAGAGUACGCAGCCAUCAAUUCAAUGCUGGAUCAGAUCAACUCGUGUUUGGAUGACUUGGAGGAGCGCAACGACUCUUUGAACGGCAAACUGCAGGAGUUACUCGCGGCUAACCGGCAGGUGAGACAUGAGAUGCGAGCCCAGCAGAGCGCUACCACGGCCUCCGCGGAGGAUAAACCGCUGCAGGACGAGUCCUCACCUGCCGAAGCUGAAAAGGGCGGGGAGUCAGAGUGAAGAGUCGGACGUUAACACAGCAACAUUGUUCAGCUGUAACGGACUAUAACGUAAAGCGAGGCUAGAGCUCUUCCCAUAAGUCCUCGGCAACAUUCCACCCACCCGUGUGAACGUUUCCGGAAGUGUGCUGUAGUGCAGACACAUCGUGUAGGAUGGAAAGGGGCUUUGUUAUGUUCGUUGUCCCAAUUAUGUAGCACUUCCGUAUUCUUAUCUGGUACUAGUCAGCACCCUCAGUACGGUUCCUGCUAUUAAGUACAAAAUGAGCCAAAUGCUGACUCCUUUCAUCGUUCCUCCGAGUUUUUCCAUUGAUUUGCUAAUCAAUGUAUAUCCUCUUCUUAAUCAUUAACCUAUGCAUUAAAUCUGGUUGUGUGGUUCGCUGUCUUGAUUUCUCCAGUAUAUCUAGCUAGUUAAGUCGUUGUAUUGUAUAACUGUUCAAGGUGAAUAGUAAACAGAUAUGAAUCAAUGUGGCAAGCAAUUGUCAAAUAUUUUAUUAUAAAUUAAAAUGACCCCAAUACAGAAAACAAACAUCCAAAAAUACAAUAAACUUGCAGCUUCUAGAAAACAUCACUUGUUCAUAUGUCAUUUGCAGAAUAAAAAUACAUUAGGAAACAUACAGCUUUUGUUUGAAGUUUAUUUUUGAUUUAGUUGAGCUGGAUCUAAAAAGGACCAGCAUUGUAGCCACCCUUUCUCACAUGCCCAGCCCUCUCUCCUCUCUGUUCCUCAAACUGGCCAUUUACUGCUGCAGCACAUCAGUGUUACACUACUCUACUGUCACACAUCCCAAGAUCGAAUUCCCUCAUUUCAA